AUGGAGCAGCGUGUUACGGCAGUCCGUCGCCGUGCGAUACCAGCCUCAGCCGUCCCGCCGGAGGUCGCAUCUGCCGAGCCAGGGAGAGGACCUGGCGAUGGUUCUGCCGGUGGUGGCGGUGGUGCUGGUGGCCCACACGGGGGCGACGGUGGACACCAUGAACCCCCUCCGCCCAAGUACCCGACAUGGCUAAGGGUCUGGUUGACCGCCUGCGGCGCCGUGUAUUGGCUGCUGCUGCGGCCGCGCCUGUUUGAGGAACGCGAGGAGCGGCGGCGGCAUCUGGAGCGGGAGGCUGCCGAGUUUCAGCGUUACGAGGACGACUGGGACACACUGGUGGCAAGGACACAAUGCACCGGUCUGGUGCCAUUUCCGCCAUAUCGCCGUCAUCGCGGCCGGGACCUCAGUCGGAAGGUCUACAGGUGGCAGCAACCCCAGCCAGAGCGUUGGGACCUCUUGUCCCAGAACGCACCGCAGCGCGUGUUGCAGCUCAUAGGUGAUCCUCGCAGCGGCAUCGCAGACGACACCAUCACCAACCCCUUUGGCGAGGUCACAGUAGAUAUGGUGCACUACCAGCCCAGCAACGAGGUUUACUGGUUCAAAUAUGAGUUUGCGGGAGCCCAGAUGCACGGCUCGCACAGAGACGCGCGCCUGUCGGACUACACGCGCAACCUGAUGUACAUUAUGCGCGCCAAGGACCCCAAGCGAUGGACCAUUCAGGCCCUGGCUGACAAGUUCCGGAUCCGGAAGCAGCGGGUACUUGCAAUCCUGGCGCUCAAAGAGAUGGAGGCUCAGCGCAUGGAGGACGGGCGGCUGCUGGGCGGCCCCCUCUCCGCCUACGCCCUCCCCGUCUACCUGCGGGACGUGCACCUGGACCCGAUCACCGGGAGCCCCCUGCUGACGCCCACCACCGCCGCCGUAACGACGACGACCCAGACGUCACCACAGCAGCAGCAGCAGCAGCAGGCUGAUGGGUUCACAGCCUCCACGGAGGAGCUGCAGGGAGCGGGAGCUGCUACUCCGGCGGCGGCGGAAGGAGCAGCGGAGGCGGCGGGGUCGGCGGUUCAUGCCCUGAAUGAUCAUGUGGACGAGGUGGUGCCGCGGGUCGUCUCAGCGGCCCAGAAACUGCAGUUGCAGCUUGUGGAGCUGCUCGGCCAGUACGAUUACGAUACGGCACGCAUCCGUACAGCCCUCCUGGCGGACUUUGACCGGGCGGCCGAGAUGGCAGCACGUGUGCUCGGAGGAGCUGGUCCUGAGGAGCAGGCGUCCUCCGGAAGCGCGCCGUACCUGCGGGACGAGCUGCAGUCGUACCGUACGGCGAUUGAGGCUGUGGUGGCCGCUGUAGAGGAGGUGGUGGCGUGUUCUGCAUCGCUACAGGAGGAGCGCCGCGCCGCAGCGCUGCGCCAGCAGGUGGACUCGGUUCUGUCGGCAGCCGGGGAGGGGCUCAUGAAGGAGGCAGAGGCCGCCGCUGCAGCUGGCAGUGGCGGCGGCGGCGAUACCGGUGAUGGCGUCCCGGGGCCGAGCGAGGACUUGUUGGCGUUACAGCAGAAGCUGACGGGGAUUCUCGAGCCUGUGAUGCGGGCGCCGGGUGAUGAUGACGAGGCUGACGGCGCGCUGCAUCGGGCGUUUUUCGCCCUCUCCCCCAAGACCCGUGGGUCACUUCUGCGGCUGCUUCCGGAGCUGUCCAUCCGCCUGAACGCCGGCGGAGUCGACCUGCCGCGGGCCGCUAGGGACGCGGCGUAUAAGGGACCGAGUGCCGCUGCAGCGGCAGAGGCAGCAGGUGACGGCGGCGAGCAGUCAUUGCCACGGGAGCAGCUGGCGGUGGAUGUGUUUGGGUUUAUGCCGGUUUCGGAGCAACGUUGCACGGCAUUGGCGGUAGCGCUGCAGUCCUUGGAGGCCGCUAGGGCGGCGGUGGUGGGCAAGGUGGCGGCGUUGGAUCCCGGGAAUGCGGCUUUGAGUCAGACAGCCACCGCCCCGCCGGCUGGCGCGCCGUCCGCGUACGACGUUCAAUUGGCGCGGUCGUUGGCACGGCAGUACGUCGCAACCGACGUCAUGUGGGCGGAUCUGCUGGCGCCUUCCCAGGCGGUGGUUGAGCGGCGGUUGGCGGUUCCCUCCCUGGAUCCCGCCAGGAAGCGCCGCAUGCUGGAGGUGCUGUACGACGCGGAUCCCGGCGCCGUCACGCGGGCCUUACAGGUCGAGGCCGCCAUGCAACUACGAUUCCGAAAGGCCUUUUCGGAAGCGGAUGCGCUGGCGGCGGGCGUCGGCGGGGCCGCGGCCGCUGAAGCUGCUGCCGCUACGCAACCUGAGGGCGGUCAGCAGCGGGAGGAGGGGGAGCAGGAGAGUGGUGCAGCCGCUGCUGGGGGGUUGCGGCAGCGGCAGCGGCCCGGUGAUCGGGGCAGUUGGGACGCGCUGGCGGCGUUUUUGGAGGCGCGGGUGGCGGGCAAGGUGUACGGUAGUGGCAGCGGCGAGCGCCACGUCGCCAGACUGCCAACUUACCCCGCAUUCGAGGGCUAUAGCCUGGAGGAGUUUGACCGAGCGGGCGAGGGCGAGAUGAGCGCACUCAAUCGCAAGGCUUCGGAGCAGUUGGAUGCAGAGAUGUACGACAGGUUCCGAAAGGAUUUGCUGUUCAACCUGGGCCUGCGCGGUGAGAAGCUCCGCGUCAGCCCACAUGAGCAAGGUCCCUGGCCAUCCAACUUGCGCACGGAGCUGACGCAACCUGUCGUUGUGUACGGCAUCGGACCCGACGGUACGACCAAGUACCCGCCCUUGUACGUGGCCACCGGCGAUGGGAAGAGGCGGCCACUCAACGAUCAGGAGAAGGUCUUCCAGGAACGCCGUACGGUCAGGGAGCGACUGCCGUACUACAUGGGCCGCAUCCGUCGUAUGCCCGAGCUCGAGUAG